ACUCUAGCUUUGUGCCAAAGGGAAGUGGAACAGAGCAAGGCCGUGCACGCAGGCGGGCCCGGCUGUGAAGCAGGGCGAGAGAGGCUCCAGCUGGAGAUACUCCACCUCGCUGCCUUCCACCAGGUGCCGCAGUCCUCGCCCGGCCCGCACUGACUGCGUCAGGAACUGCUCGGGGGCGGAGGGCGGCGGCUGGGCAGGGACAGCGGAGCCUGGGAGCAGGGGCUGGGCCACGAGCCGCCUGGAGGUCAAGCGCAGCCCCGCUCAGAACAACGGUGAUAGGGCCACGUGCGCCACCCCGAUCCCGCUUCUGUCCGGGCCGCGGCCGCCGCCUCUGCCUCGGCAGCAGCAGCCGCAUCCAGCCCCGACCGUCCACCCCAACCCUGGCUCCCUCCUCUCGGCCUGGGCACCUUCCGCGCAUGCGCUAAAGGCGCGCGCGGUGGGGGUGCAAUCAGCGUCGGCGGCGCCCGGCUUUUCUGUGCGCAUGCGUGAGUAGGACUCGCCGCGGGCUCCCUGAGCCAGCUUACCAUAAAUGCGCCGGAAGUAAUCUCAACGUCUCCGCUCCGGGUCGGCAGUGUACGCAUGCGGUGUGUGAAGGAGCUGCCCAGCUGGCGCGUACGCGCGGAGACCAUGCUGUCGUCGGCUGCUUUUGAGUGUGCCGCGUCCUGUCACCAGCCAGUGCGCAGGCGUGUCCCGGUGUCGCCGCCGCUCCUCACUGACUGACUGCGCAGUGUCGUCAAGCGCCGCUCGGAUCAGCGCGGUUCGGCCGAGCGAUCAGCCCCUUCGCGGGAGGGGUCCGGCGCCGGGCAGCACCGCCCCCACCCUGUGCCCCGGGCCUAGAGCCGGCCGGCCUCGUCCCACGUGUCCCCUCCGAGAGGCUUCUGUCCCCGCUGUGUGGGCCAGCGCUGCCCCCGUCCCCUUCCCGCUGAGAGGACGCGGGGCCCCCAGGCCGUGUGAGGCCCAGGGCGGCCCGUGCGUAGGCUGAGGAGCCAGCGCCUGUCUCAGUGCGGGGCGCCGUGCUAUCCCCGUUUCCCGGUGAGAUCAGAGAGGGGCGGGCCGGGCAGCGGCAGGAUGAAGCUGGUGAGGAAGGACAUCGAGAAGGAUAACGCGGGGCAGGUGACCCUGAUCCCCGAGGAUCCCGAGGACAUAUGGCACACCUACAAUCUGCUGCAGGUGGGCGACAGCCUGCGGGCAUCCACCAUCCGCAAGGUGCAGACCGAGUCUGCCACGGGCAGCGUGGGCAGCAACCGCAUCCGCACCACCCUCACUCUCUGCGUGGAGACCAUCGACUUCGACUCGCAGGCCUGCCAGCUGCGGGUCAAGGGGACCAACAUCCAGGAGAAUGAGUACGUCAAGAUGGGAGCCUACCACACCAUCGAGCUGGAGCCCAAUCGCCAGUUCACGCUAGCCAAGAAGCAGUGGGACAGUGUGGUGCUGGAGCGCAUUGAGCAGGCCUGCGACCCAAGCUGGAGCGCUGACGUGGCAGCCGUGGUCAUGCAGGAGGGGCUGGCUCAUAUCUGUCUCGUUACCCCCAGCAUGACACUGACCCGGGCUAAGAUUGAAGUGAACAUCCCCAGAAAACGAAAGGGUAAUUGCAGUCAACAUGACCGAGCACUGGAGAGAUUCUAUGAGCAGGUGGUGCAGGCAAUCCAGCGUCAUAUCAACUUUGAGAUUGUGAAAUGUGUUCUGGUGGCCAGCCCGGGGUUCGUAAGAGAACAGUUCUGUGACUACAUGUUCCAGCAGGCAGUCAAGACUGACAACAAGCUGCUGCUAGAGAACCGGUCCAAAUUCCUUCAGGUCCACUCCUCCUCGGGACAUAAAUAUGCGCUGAAGGAAGCUCUUUGUGACCCAGCUGUGGCCAGCCGUCUCUCUGACACCAAAGCAGCUGGUGAGGUCAAAGCCUUGGAUGACUUCUACAAGAUGCUGCAACAUGAGCCUGACCGUGCUUUUUAUGGCCUCAAACAUGUGGAAAAAGCCAAUGAGGCCAUGGCCAUUGAUACCCUGUUGAUCAGUGAUGAGCUCUUCAGGCACCAGGAUGUGGCUUCUCGCAGCCGAUAUGUGCGGCUGGUAGAUAGUGUGCGGGAGAACAUGGGCACAGUGCGCAUAUUCUCCAGCCUCCAUGUGUCUGGGGAGCAGCUUGGCCAGCUGACAGGGGUAGCAGCUAUCCUGCGUUUCCCUGUUUCUGAGCUCUCUGACCAAGAGGAGGAAUCCAGUUCUGAAGAGGAUUGAUGAUGAUGGCUCACUCCACCCUUCCCUCAUAGCAUAAUAAGACUAAAGUGACAGUCAUGGCACUUCCUUUCCAAAUACUGCAAGCAGAUGUGCCAUGGCAUGCAAUUUAACUUUUUGAGGACAAUAUUUUUUAAGGUGUCUGGUUUUGUUCAACACACUCUACUGGAUGGUCAUAUAUAUUUGCACUUGCUGUGGUAAUGAUGAUGAUGGGUAUAUUAUAGGUUGGGGUUGACCAUUGUUUGUACAAACUACACUCUGGAUCUCCAAGAGCACAACAAACUAAUAUAAAAUUCUCUGAUUUGGUUCCUGAAAGCUGCUGAUUAGGUAUUUUAAAGCAGAUGAGUUUCUUUGCCUUUUGGUGAAUGUACAAAAAAGGAUAAUAAAUUAAGAGGGGAAAAAAACACUAAAAUGUCACAUUUCCUGUUUUAAGUUAUGUGCUUGCAAACAAUACUACAAAGUAUGGGAAGCAACGUGUUAGGUAUCAUAUUAUAAAGAAUACUGAUACUUUUCAAUCAGCUAUCCAAGGCUUGCCCAUCUGAAGGGCUAUGUUGACAACUAGGUCAGGAACCCAGGGGCCAUAUCUUACUGAUGUAAAAAGGAGUAGAUUGUAGUAGGGAUGGGAAGAAUACCAGAUGUGGAUCUGUCUUCGUCAUGAGUCCAGCCAUUUGGCUGAAUUUGGCAAUAUUUAAUACUGUUCUGUCAGAAAUGGAAACUAAACAAAAACCAAAACUGAAUUAACAAUAUCUCUUUAGACAUGAUGGAAACUGAAGGUCAAGGUGUGAAGCUGUAUGUGCCAUGCUUUUAACAUUUCUUUAAAUGCACUACUUCAGAUCCCUGUCAUGUGAGCUCCAGAAAGUUGUGCUCUGUGCUGGUUUAUAUGCUAUAAAUCAGAUGCUCCAGCUUUAAUUAAUUGUUUUCUGAUGAAUCAGCAUUGGGAUCAUUUGGACCUCAUGCUGCAAACCCUUACUUGCAUGAGUAAGGUUUGCAGAAUUAAGUCCAUAGCUUCUCCAGGAAUCCUUUUGGCAAUAGAUAAAUGGCUUGCAUUACAAUCUCACAAUCUGUUAUUCUCAUGUAGAUGUUUUUAAAAACAGGUAUGUACAAAACAAUAUCUUUUGGGAACAGAAGAUCUACUUAGAAGCAGGACUUUGACCUUUUUGAAGGUAGUGAUUGUUAGAAAAAGUUAACUUUGUUAUUUCCCAAUUUUAUUUAACCUAUUUAUCCAUAUUUAUUAAAGGUGCUCAGAAUUGAGGUGAUCAAACAGUAAUUCAGUAUUUCCUGGAGUUUAUAGUUUGGAAAAAAGUUUAGAGGAGGGGAAAGGGAGGGAAUCUUCAGCAUCUAAAACCCAAUUAAGGAGGGGUUUUGGGGAGGGCGUUCAGGAGUAAUAGUGUAAUUUUUACAUACAAAUAAUACUCAGUUGUCAGGCAAGGCAUGGCCCCAAAUUUAUUUUUUUUUGUUCUUGUUCUUUAAAUAUAACUGUUAGAACUCAACUUAUGGGCAGCCCUUUAAUUAUAACUUGAAUUAACUGCAGUGGGUUGCUGUGGUUCACUUUGGAUAUCUGAUUAUAGGAAUCUUGGCCUUAGAGCCCAAUCAUGCAAGGUCUUGAACACCCUCAACUCCUAUUGAACAUUUAUCUGUUUGAGGAAUUAUAAGUAAUCACUGAAUUUUUCUCUAACAAUUAGCACUAUUUCACUUAAAAAAAAAAAAAAAGGACAUUCUUGUUGAAAGGCUGUAGUUUUAUUGGGCAAGAUUCUGAGCCACUAGCAAGGGUUGGAGUGCCCUCAGCUUACAUUAAAGUCAAUGUGAUUUGGCAGAUACUAAAUACUGCAUAAGUAUUUUCUCCCUUGAGAUAGCUGUAUUAGGCCUGUAUGUUGGUAAGCAAACAUCAGUGGUCGUUAUUAAAUAUUGCAAUAAUCUUCAGGAUAACGCUAUUUAUAAUUAAGACCAGACUACAGUACUGAGCUUGUAUUUAGCAUGGAUAGGUAGUGCCCCCUUUAAUUUGGUUGGAUUAAAAUAUCUUUACAUUGGUAUAAUUUGUUGAAUUAUGCUAUCCCAGAUUGUGGGACAGAAGGGCUUGCUGGUUGUUUGUGUCUUGAGUGGAAAAAAUGAGUUCAUUUAAAAAAACGUUCAGUGGUACUACUUUUUUUUAGUCUUUUGUAGUACAUGAAAGGUACAAAGUCAAAAUACUGUAAUUCCACCGUUCUACAUUAUGUGCCUCUAAGUAUGAUAGCAUGUACUGUAUUGUCAAAUACAGCUCUUCAAAUAAAUACAGCUAACCAAUAUAUCAGUUUUUUGGAAAGGUAUAAUUCUCAGAAGUGAGAGAACUUAUUUUUGCAGUUCAGUAACACUUGAUUUAUAGUGAUUUUGUUUCUCUGCAGUAUUUCUGUUUAAGUUUAGAAUUGGGAGUUCUGCAGUAAAUGAAAUUUGUAAAAUAUAGAUUUUUCUUUUAACUAUUAUUGCAGUGCCGCUAGUUUACUGGAAGAAAUAUAUACUUCCAGAAAACAAGACACCUGGAAAUUUGUUCAUAAACACUUUUGUAGUGGAAUCAAACUCAUAAAUGAUACACAAGUAACAGGUAGAAAAAUGCAUCAGAUUUCAGGAAAAAGGGAUGAAAUCAUCCUCCAGGUAGAUACAGUAAUGCAGACUCCUUACACUUGGCAGAGUUCCAUUGAUGCUGAUACCUUUGUAGUUAGAGGUAUUUGCUGAAGGGUCCUUUCCAUACUGGCACGUGUACUUGCAAAGUUAAGUCCUUAAACUUAUAUAAACCAUAUACAGGGAUACUUCACCACUAGAAGUCAGCAAGUGUUAAACAACACAGCAGUAUUACACUACAACUUAGGACAGGAAAUGAGUACCUUUUCUAACUAAAACUGCAAUGGAAGUAGAGAUCCCUGAGACUGUGAAGUAUAUGGGACUUAACAUAGAAAGAGGAGUCUGCUCUAGCAUAUCUGCUUGUAGGAUUGGAAUGUUGUGACCUGGCCUAUGCUUAACAUUAAGAGUAUCAGUAGUCCUGUUUAUUUUGAUCCAGCAACCGCUGUUCCUGGACUGAAUAAUUCACUUGGGAAAAACCACUGCUGAUCUCAACAUGUAAGUGUUCUGGGAUUUUCAGUAUGAAAUUUACUAUAAAAAUAGAAUAUGAUCAUCAACUAAAAAAUAAAUCCACUUGAUUAUGUAUCUUAUUUUAUUUGCUUUGUAACGGCUUUUUUAGAGAAGAACAUGAUUAACACAGGCAAUCAUUUAUCUUUUUAUUUGGCAUUGAGCAGUUUUUUUCUCAUUCAGGCCACUCAAAUAAAAUGCUAUUAAUUAUAGACAUAUAAAGGUUAUUUUACUAAACUUAAAACAAAUUUAUAGAGCAGUAUUACUCAGACCUCAGUGGUUCAGGAGCCAAGUUAGCAAUCAACAUUACCCAAAAGUGCCACAGUAGUGUGAAUUCAUUAUAUGUGUAAUACACACACACACAAACAUUCUCUUACAGUAAAAUGAGUAAGUAUUAUUUUAUCAACCACAAUUGGUUAAUAACAUAGUAAAAGCAUCCUGACUGCUUAAUAAUUUAGACUGGUUAAUAAUUAAAUCACAUCAUGUUUUAAUGUGUCUCCUGCUGCUCUUUGCAACACACAUUAAAAAGCCACUUGCAACUCUUGAGCCUCAGUCUGAACCCUCUAAUUUGAAACAUCCAUUUAAAAUGCAGACACUAAAUCUGGAUGCAGUGGUAGUGGAGUCAGGGAUUCAUGAUAGUGAGCCUUGAAAUGUAAAACUUGAUUUUUAAGUUCCUUUUGUUACAGCAACACUAGUUAAAUAGAAACCAUGUAAUGAUAUUAAGGAUUAUAUUUUAUUGUUGUAUCCUUGGGUCUGAUACCCUCCAAAAAAACCUUAAGUACUAGGUUUGGAGCAGAACAGAAUAGUACCAACUCCACUUAUUUUUAACUGUUGAAAAUAUAGAUGGACAAACAAAUUUUUUCUUUGUUACUUAGCAUAUAUUUGACAUUUUGUUCUGUUUACUUUGAACUAUACAUAAUGAAAAUAUAACCUACUUAUAAAAAGUGAACAUAUAUAUGUAGGCUUUUAAUGUUCAUUUUUGAAUUAGCUCAGCUAGACCACUGUUUACAUAACUAAAGUUUUCAUAUUCCUAGCUAUGCUUUCUUAAACAGAAAUGGCACAAGUUACCUCAUUUUUAGAAGGAAAAAUAUGUCAAGUGUCAAAUAGCAAAAAGGUUUAUGCUACUGUUCAUCUUAUCCCCAGUCUGUCAUCUGCAAAGCAUGGUCUGUUUCUUAUACACAAGAUCUCUGAAAGUAAUUUUCAAAACAGUGAAAUUCUUGAAGAGGGCCAACAAUAUAUGGAAAUGCUUACUGAGAAAUCUGAGUUACUUUGAGGAUGUAGUUAUCAAAAACAUAAGGGAAAGAUUUAGAAAUAUGCAGUUUUCAUACUUUUGAAGUAGAUUCAAACAAGCAUGAAUUUGGAAGGUCAUUUUUAUAUAAAGAUCUCUAAAGAUAAACAUUUUAUUGUGUAAUAAAGUGAAUAUUUUGAGGUGUGCAAUUUAGAUAAUAGUGAAGUUUUUCUGAGAGGGAAUGACUUCACGAUAGUUGAUUCCACAGCACCGUAAUUAUCUGAUUACUUCCCCAACUUGUAGGAGAAGAUUGUCAUAUUCAAAUGUUGUGUAGAAAAAUAACUUUAUUAAAACCUAUAGAACUGUUAA